GCGGGCCGCGAGCCGCACUCCGCAGCAUCACAGCCCCGGGCAGCAGGCGGGAGCGUGGGCGCAGGGUGGCCCGAACUCUUCUGCAGUCUCCCAUCGCAGGCAUGUAGCGGUACCAGUCGGGUUCUGCAAAAGUCCGCGCGUAGUGGUUCUCAACGUCGGAGCGGCGCGCGUCUGGAGGGUUACCGCUGCGCUUGGAGCCCCGCGCGAGAGGGACACGAGAAGGCGGAAGGCGCGAAGGGGGCCGCCUGUCCUGCGGACAACGAGAGAAAUCUGUGAAGAUGAGCAGGAGAGCGGAAUUGUUUGGGGGCGCACCACGCUUUCUCUCCCGACCGAAGGCAUGCACGGUGCCGCAGGGCCAGGAUGCCACUCUCAGCUGCCAGAUCGUGAGCUCCCCGAGCCCCACCGUCACCUGGGAAAAGGACAGCAAGCAGAUCCGCUCGGGAGGCCGCUACAAGAUUGUGGAGGAGGGCAACACAUACCGCAUGACGGUGCGAGACCUCAUGCUGUCCGACAGCGGCCAGUACAUCUGCAGGGCCCGCAACUACGUGGGCGAGGCGUACGCGGCCGUCACGCUGGUGGUGGAGUACACGCCGGGCUACAGGCAGGAAUCGAGCGCUCCACUCCUGCCCCAUGAGCCUCCCGCGUUCAUCAUGAGGCCGACCUCGCAGAAAGUCUCCCAGGGAUACAGCGCCACGUUCACCUGCAUGGUGAGCGGGCGCCCGGCGCCCACCAUCACCUGGCAGCGGGAUGGCAAGAACGUCGACAACUUUGUGGAUAGCUACCGCUUCCUUACCGAGGGCAGAGACGGCAUGCACACGCUGAAGAUCAACAGCGUCCGCCCCAGCGACAUGGGCACCUACAGCUGCAAGGUGAAGAACAGCGCCGGGGAGGUCAAUGCGUCCGCCAUCCUGGGAGUUCCGUCGGAGCAGAUUUUGUGGUCAAAGCCCCCGUCGACGGCGUACGGCAAGAAGGAGGAGGACACACCGGCACUCUCGUACAUGCACCGCAAGAGGUUCGACUAUCACCAAUAUUCGAGCAACGCGUUGACAUCUCGGCUGAGUCCCUACACCUCGUACCGGAGCUACUCGCACUCGCCCGUGCGUCCGCAGGAGGAGGCCUCCACCAGGUCCUACUCGCGAUCGCCCAGCCGCUACGGCCGAGAGCAGUUGUCUCCGAGCGACGCGGCCACAAUGCGUGCAAGAAGCAAGUCGCCCAUUUACCGGCAGGAGGCCCGGGCCCCCCGCGCCCCCUCCCCCAGCCGCCCCGGCAAGGACUACCUGUCGCCUGCCCACACCACCUCCAGCUACCGGCCGGGCAGGAGUGCGUCCCGGUCUCCCGUGCGCCUGGUGGAGGAAACACCGGACACCAGGGUGGGCUCCUCGCGCUACUCCACGGAGAAUCUGCUCAAGACCACCAAAACCUUCACGGUCACCGAAGGGAAGCACGCGCGCUUCAGCUGCUACGUGACGGGCAAGCCGAAGCCGGAGAUCGUGUGGAAGAAGGACAGUGAGAUCAUCGUCCCGGGACGCCGUCACCUGACCUACGAGGACGACGACGGGUACUUCAUCCUCAAAGUGCUCUUCUCCAAGCAGUGCGACAACGGCCUGUACACCUGCACGGCCACCAACGUCGUGGGCAAGACCUACAGCCCCGUACAGCUCAUCGUGCACGAGCCACGGGUGCCCUUCAGGACCAAGCUGCGUGAUGUGGAGGUGCGAGAGAAGGAGUCGGUGACGCUGGAGUGCGAGGUGCCGCACCGCGGCGUGAAGGCCAGCUGGUACCUGGAGGAGACAGAGCUCGAGCCUCAUCCGGACAAGUACGUGAUGGAGGAGGAGGGGACGAUGCGCCGCCUGACGAUCCGCAACGUGACGGCGGACGACGAGGCGGUGUACGUGUGCGAGAUGUCCGAGGGCAGCCGCACCGUGGCCGAGGUCACCGUCAAGGGGGUGAUUGUGAAAAAGCUGCCACGUCGGCUGGAGGUACGAGAGAAGGAGACUGCUUGCUUCACUGUGGAAUUGAACAAGGAGGGCCUGGAGGGUCGCUGGCUCCAGAACAACGUAGAGAUCCGCCCUGGCCCCCGGGCGAAGGUGGAGGUCUCCGGGACGAGUCACACGCUGAGGCUCACGGAGCUCACGCAGCAGCAAUCGAGCACCAUCGUCUUCCUUACGGGGAGCUCCAGGACAACCUCGCAACUCGUUGUCACCGCGAUCCGGUACGCCCCGCCGGCUCCGCCGACGGAUGCCAUUGCAAGGGCGCAAUCGGAGAGCUGGCUGCUGCUGAGCUGGUGCGCACCUCCCGAGCGGAGCCGUGCCCCCGUGGAGGGAUACGUGGUGGAGGCGAAUCGCCUCGGCAGCAGCGUGUGGACACGCUGCCACGCAUCCGCCAGCGUGCCCGGGCCCGAGUUGCUCGUGGAGAACUUCUCCAAGGAGGGCGACUACCAACUGCGGCUCUCCUCCGUCAACGCAGCAGGGCGCAGCCUCUGCGUCGACAUCCCUGGAACGUACUACAUAGGUCGGUACGAGCUGUGCCUGUCAGCUUGA